AUGGCUCCGCUCAAGAUCUGUGUAAUAGGUGCUGGUGUCAUAGGACUUUCCACAGCUGUCUGUAUACAACAGGAACUAUCUACACAUGUGACAGUUACAAUAGUAGCAGACAAGUUCAGCCCGAACACAACCUCUGAUGGAUCUGGUGGUUUUUGGGGUCCUCAUCUUGUAAACCCAGAACAAGCUGGUGAUAUCAAUAAAUGGGGAAAUCUUACUUUCGACUAUAUCUUUGACUUAUUUCGUUCUGAACAUGGCGGGGAAGUAGGAGCCCAGCUUAUAUCAGGAUACUGCUUUUCUGAAAGUGCAGUACUCUUUGUUGACAAAUGUUUCGGUGUGCGGAACCUUACCAAAGAGGAGACAUUCAUCCAUCCUGAAAUCAGGAAUGGUCAAACACUAACAACGGUGAUGAUUGACGUGAAAGCCUACCUUCCAUGGCUGAUGAAAAAAUUUCAGGCGAAUGGUGGCAUUGUACAGAAACGACAUAUAUCGUCCUUAGAUGAGCUCUCGCCUUACUAUGACGUAUUAGUUAACUGCACUGGACUUGGAUCAUAUCAAAUGCUCGGAGAUCAUGACCUGCGUCCAGUACGAGGUCAAGUGUUUAGGGUGCAUGCUCCGUGGAUCAAACAUUUCUAUGUAGACAUUGACCCUACAGACCCAGACAACGAGUAUUAUGUUCUUCCAGGUGCACGCGACGUGGUCGUAGGAGGCACCAGUCAAGUGGGAAACUGGAACACACAAGUGAACAUCAGUGACCGUGAUCAUAUAUGGAACGGUUGUUGUAAACUGCUACCUAGUUUAAAGAAUGCCAAAAUACUUGAUGAAUGGAUGGGUUUACGACCACAGCGAACCGGAAUAAGAGUGGAACUUGAAAAUAAACAGACAAACACAGGAAAAAGAGUUAUAAUAGUCCAUAACUACGGUCAUGGUGGUUCAGGAGUCACGCUACAUUGGGGUUGUGCACUGGAAGCUACGAAAUUGGUGACGCAUGCGCUGAAGAUGGGUGUCCCAAAAUCAAGUUUAUAGAACAAUAUCGAGAUU